CGCCAUGCGUUUCCCAAAAAUUUCUGCAAUAAUUCGCGUUUUCAAUCUGUUCGAAAACGCGAACCUCAACACACCCAACGUCUUUCUGAACAGCCGUCUCACUCCCUCGGAGCGUGGAUUUACCCCCUUUCUUAUCAUACAACGGUGCCACAGUUCUGCAGAAGGCUGUACGUUCUGAUCUUCAAUGCUGCCGACGUUAUCCAAUCCGCCGACAAGGACGCCUACGUCAAGGCUGGGAUCAAAGCCAUUACGGACGAUGUCAUCACACCGUACGACAGCGUUGUUUGGUGACCUGAAGAACCACGUUCAAACUGGCUGGGAGAAAAUGAAGUUUGUCGACGAUCGUCCUACCAGGUUGUACAUGACGUUUACGUGCAAAUCAAGCACGGAUCUCGGCAUCCAGAAAACGCCACUUCCAACCAACGUUGUGAACUGGUGCGAGACCUUCGAUAAGUCCACGAGUGGUAUAACCACACGUUUACGGAGACUUGUUUGGAAGCGAUUGCUUUUGGUCGACAACCUGGGCCUGAUUCACCAGCCACAUGUGGUGAUCCACGGAUGCCUUUGUUAUGGACUCUUUUAUUUCGCAACUCCUCGACUUCUCAAAAACAAGAUGAACGUCACACUUUUGUUGUUGGAAAACGUCAAGACCAUCGAACUCUAUGAGAUCAGCGAGCUAGGCAACAGAACGUAG